AUGAUCUGUUUUUUUCGCCAGGGCUUUCCGGGAACCGGGGGGGGGGGGGGGUGAGGGGGUGUCCCCAUAAAAGGAAGUAACCUUUCCUGUGUUCUGCCUCGGAAGAAUGUGGUCAAACCAAAUGCAAAACUCAGGAGGGUUUGCAAAAGAGGAACGUAACUCCAAUGGUUAAGUGCUGGAGGGCAGGCAGAUACGACAAAUAAAUAUAAAUAGCUACGGGAGACAUCGCGGCCUCAAUAUCAAGCUUUCCCCUCAUUCACUUUCUCACAAACUCUCUCACAGAAUUGUAGAGUUCGAAGGGAUCCCAAGAGCAACUUCGUCCUGUCCUUGGCAAUGUAGAAAGUGCCCCCGAUUCUUAGGAAUUUGAAGAAGAAGUAAAAAACCCACACAAUUUUGAAACCAGCGGUUAAAAUCUGUUCCAGUUGACCCAGUCUGCCAUACUGCUUCCAAAUGGCGUCCGCUUUGUGAUAGGAAUUUUGAGGUCUUAGAUAUGGUAAUGUUCAUAAGUGUACCAACCAAGCACGUACAGUGGUACCUCGGGUUACAUACGCUUCAGGUUACAGACUCCACUAACGCAGAAAUAGUGCUUCAGGUUAAGAACUUUGCUUCAGGAUGAGAACAGAAAUCAGGCUCCGGCGGCGCGGCGGCAGCAGGAGGCCCCAUUAGCUAAAGUGGUGCUUCAGGUUAAGAACAGUUUCAGGUUAAGAACGGACCUCCGGAACGAAUUAAGUACCUAACCCGAGGUACCACUGUACAUAGAUCAGCACAGGAAGACCGACCUGGAACCAUUUUGAUUCCUAAACUGAGCAAAUGUUUUCUCUGCAAGGUCAAAGUGGAAAAGCCUCCCCAUUGUCACUUUCCUCACAAAUCCUGUCUUAAGGGCACCUUUAAGAUAUGACUAGGGUGUGAGCCUGUGACCUGGCCCAGGAACUAAGUAUUUAUCACUACAAAAGAAUGGCCAGGCUCCCCAGGCAAUCCAAUCAAGUAACCUGCCAGACAGGAGAUAAACAAGGACAGGAGAAAAACAACAUUCUAAUUUCUGUUUAGACCUCCUUUUCUGUGAUGUAGGUGUAAUGUAUCUGAGGGGUGGUCUUAGGUUACACCCCUUCUGUGAUGUAUGUAUGAUGUUUCUGGGGGUGAUCUUGAUCUACAGGGUGGCAAUUUCAAAAGUCUUUAUAAGGCCUUGCAUGCCAUUUUUCUGGGUUCCUCCUCCUUUCCUGCGGGUGAGGAUAGCACCCGGUUGCAACAGCUUUAAUAAAGAUCAGGCUUAAUAGCUGCUUUGCUUCUCAAUAUUCUCUGGUUGGCCUCUGUUAUUCUCUCCUACCAAUAGGGAACCUAUGUAAGGACUCUAUAUGGGCUCUUGGAUACCCCAUAAGGGAAAAGGGCAAUUUUUGGUUACAACCGCUUGGAUCGAAACGAAUAAAACAGUUCCCUGAUCUCGGGAACCGAUGUGCAAAACCUCCUUUAUGCCAUCUCUUUUUUGUAUAUAUAUGUUGUCGUUGUUUUGUCGUUUAGUCGUGUCCGACUCUUCGUGACCCCCUGGACCAGAGCACACCAGGCACUCCUGUCUUCCACUGCCUCCCGCAGUUUGGUCAAACUCAUGCUGGUAGCUUCGAGAACACUGUCCCACCAUCUCGUCCUCUGUUGUCCCCUUCUCCUUGUGCCCUCCAUCUUUCCCAACAUCAGGGUCUUUUCCAGGGGUCUUCUCUUCUCCUGAGGUGGCCAAAGUCUUGGAGCCUCAGCUUCAGGAUCUGUCCUUCCGGUGAGCACUCAGGGCUGAUUUCCUUCAGAAUGGAUCGGUUUGAUCUUCUUGCAGUCCAUGGGACUCUCAAGAGUCUCCUCCACCACCAGAAUUCAAAAGCAUCCAUUCUCCGGCGAUCAGCCUUCUUGAUGGUCCAGCUCUCACUUCCAUACAUCACUACUGGGAAAACCAGAGCUUGAACUAUACGGACCUUUGUUGGCAAGGUGAUGUCUCUGCUUUUAAGAUGCUGUCUAGGUUUGUCAUUGCUUUUCUCCCAAGAAGCAGGCGUCUUUUAAUUUCGUGGCUGCUGUCACCAUCUGCAGUGAUCAUGGAGCCCAAGAAAGUAAAAUCUCUCACUGCCUCCAUUUCUUCCCCUUCUAUUUGCCAGGAGGUGAUGGGACCAGUGGCCAUGAUCUUUGUUUUUUUGAUGUUGAGCUUCAGACCGUAUUUUGCGCUCGUGUCUAUAUACCGUAUUUUUUGCUCUAUAAGACUCACCUUUUCCCUCCUAAAAAGUAAGGGGAAAUGUGUGUGUGUCUUAUGGUGCGAAUGCAGGCUGCGCAGCUAUCCCAGAAGCCAGAACAGCAAGAGGGAUUGCUGCUUUCACUGCGCAGCGAUACCUCUUGCUGUUCUGGCUUCUGAGAUUCAGAUAUUUUUCUUCUUGUUUUCCUCCUCCAAAAACUAGGUGCGUCUUGUGGUCUGGUGCGUCUUAUAGAGCGAAAAAUACGGUAUAUUUUUUUUGUGUGUGUGUGUGUGUGUGUAUAUAUAUAUAUAAUUUUCUGUUUUACAAUUUAAAAUACUCCACCUUAGCUCCUCCCCUCUAUUGAACAGACUCCGCCUCUUGGACCACCAGCUCCCAUCCUGGCCCCUUGGGCUCAGAACCCCCAAAACCGAAACCCCCCAAUUCUUGGAGGGUGUCUGAACACUGCCUGGCUUGUCGGGUUGAGCAAGGCAAGGUUUCCCCAGAGCAAACUUUCCUUUCUGCUAGUAUUUCCUCUCCUGCCUCCCGCCCCCCCCCCAAAGAGGGAAGUUAAGCUUCUCCUUUUUCCCUCCCCACAAGCGAUGUCAAGAGUCCCGAGGCAGAAGGCAGACGUCCGAGAUCUCUGCAGGAAGCAGGUAGGGCUGGGCUGUUUUGGGGGUUGGUUGAGGGGGCGCUAAGCACAGAAUUGAGGGCCUCUCUGCCCUGGAGGGAGGUGGGGGGGUCAGUGCUGAAACUGUCAACAUGUGAGCUGUUGAGUCAGGCCAUUUGGGUCAGUGUGGUCGGCACGGACCGGCAACUGCUCUCCCGGGUUUCCCAGCUUGGCGGCGGUGGAUGGACACCGCCAGCCAGGACCUAGAGGUGUCAGGAUUCGAACCCAGGACUUCUCACGUGCAAAGGAUGAGCUGUGAUCCUUCCCACGAAGGCGUCCCAAGGCCCCAGUCCUCAUGAACCCGAAUAACCACAGAAUCAUAGAAUCGUACUCCAGCUUGCUGUAGGGCAGGAAUCUCAGCUUAAAGCAUCCGUGGCAGACGGCCGUCCGACGUCUGCUUAAAAACCUCCAAGGAAGGAGAGUCCUGGGUCCUCCAGAGCAGGAGCAAACAAGCUUGCUUCCUCUUCCGUGUGACAGUCCUUGAGAUAUUUGAAAAGGGCUCUCAUAUCUCCUCUUUCCUGGGAGAAACAUACCCAGCUCCUUCAACCGUUCCUCAUCAGACUUGGUUUCCUGACCCUUGGCCACCCUCCUAUGCACGCUUUCCUGCUUGUCCGUACCCUUCUUAAAAUGGGGCGCACAGAACUGGACACAGUAUUCCAGGUGUGGUCUGACCAAGGCAGAACUGAGAGGGACUUUUACUUCGCGCUGGUGCAAACAGAGGACUCUGUCUUAUCAGUCUUUCAGCAGCGCCAGGGAUGGGCGUAGCCUGGAGAGAGAUUCAAGGGCCAGGGAGAGGAGUUUGAGGGCCAAAUCCAGCACCCACCGCUGCCUUAAGAGUAUGAGAUACACCUUCCUGUAACAGGUCCUCAUCGCAGGCAGCAAAUGUCGCGCUCUCCUGUGAUUGCUAGACGCAUCUCCCAUUGGCCCCGGCCUCACGCCAAGGCUUCUGGGAGUUGUUUAUUACUAUUAUUAUUAAUUUUUAUUUUACAAGGUUGCUAAUUGCACUUCCCCAGAUGUUAACCUAUUACAGCCUUUGUAAGAAUGGAUUCCAAGUAUCAUUGAAUUUGUCCAUGUUUAUCUGUUGUUCAGGGACGCGGGUGGCGCUGUGGGUUAAACCACAGAGCCUAGGACUUGCCGAUCAGAAGUUCAGUGGUUCGAAUCCCCAUGACGGGGUGAGCUCCCAUUGCUCGGUCCCUGCUCCUGCCAACCUAGCAGUUUGAAAGCACCUCAAAGUGCAAGUAGAUCAGUAGGUACCACUCCGGCAGGAAGGUAAAUGGCGUUUCCGUGCGCUGCUCUGGUUCGCCAGAAGCGGCUUAGUCCUGCUGGCCACAUGACCCGGAAGCUGUACGCCAGCUCCCUCAGUCAAUAAAGCGAGAUGAGCGCCGCAACCCCAGAGUCGGCCACGACUGGACCUAAUGGUCAGGGGUCCCUUUACCUUUACUUUAUAUGUUGUUCAUAUGUUGUAUGUUUGUAUAAGUAUUCGAUCCAGUCGUAGAAGGGAGCCGCAUUUUUAUUUUCCCAAUUCAACAUGAUCAGCCUUUUGGGCCGUGGUUAAGGAAGGCAUAGACAACCUUCGUCCCUCCAGAUGUUUUGGUUUUUUUUAAUUUUUAAAAAUUAAUUUUCACAAAAUUAUAAACAAAACAAACAGAUAAACAAACAAGCAUAGAUCAUAACCUUAUUGAAAUCACACUUAUUAACAUUGCUAAGUGACUUCCUCGCUUCCCCUUGGUUGAAUUUCCAUACACUUCCUUUUAACGGUUUUCUAAAUCAAAGCUCUUAUGACAUUUCACUUGAACAUUAACAUCCUUAUAUCCUUUAAUUUUAAAAUUAAACAUAUCGAUUCAUCACUUAACUUAUAUAAAAUCCUAAGCCAAUUAAAUACCUGCAAGCUAUUUCCAAUUAAUUUAAUUUUACAUGUUUAAAUAAAUAAAUUAAAUUUUGUCCAUUCUUCCUUAUACUCCUCCUUCUGGUCACGGACUCUUCCGGUUAGGUCUGCUAGCUCCGAAAACUCCAUCAUCUCCAUCUGCCGGCCCUCCAGAUGUUUUGGACUACAAUUUCCAUCAUCCCUGACCACUGGUCCUAUUAGCUAGGGAUCAUGGGAGUUGUAGUCCUAAAACAUCUGGAGGGCCGAAGGUUGCCUAUGCCUGGGUUAAAGACACGGAGAGUCCAUUUGUAUCGUCCUUUUCGUAAGGUUCCACGUGCUGGGCAUACAAUUCAAGAGGAUAUUUUGCUCUGUAAAUGUAAGGCUGUUCCGUACGGUUCUGUGGACGGUUUCAGUUACCUUCUGCCGAAAAUCUUUCAAUACAGCGGUACCUCGGGUUAAGUACUUAAUUCGUUCCAGAGGUCUGUACUUAAGCUGAAACUGUCCUUAACCUGAAGCAGCUUUAGCUAAUGGGGCCUCCUGCUGCUGCCGCGCCACCGGAACACGAUUUCUGUUCUCAUCCUGAAGCAAAGUUCUUAACCCAAGGUAUUAUUUCUGGGUUAGCGAGUCUGUAACCUGAAGCAUAUGUAACCCGAGGGAGCUAAAAGCCAAUGGAUCCUCAGGAAUUUUGCAUUGGGUCACCCCAAAUUUACCAUCAGAUCACAUAGCAUGUCCAUGGCUAUAGCCUGCACCAAAAAAACCACGCACCCACUGUUGCGUGGGGCCGCAAUGGCGCAAAAACGCAGUUACAAAGCACAGAUCCGCAUGGAUCCUCAGGGUUUUUGCAUUGGGCUACCCCAAACUCACCGUCAAACCACGUCUAUGGCCACAGCAUGAACCACAAAAAUCAUACAUCCGCUGUUUCGUUCAGAAUAUUUGUUUUCUUGUUUUCCUUCUCUAAAAACUAGGUGCGUCUUAUGGUCAGGUGUGUCUUAUAGAGCGAAAAAUAUGGUAUCUUCCGUGAUGCAGCUAAGAUGUGUGAAGCAGGAACUGACCCAAGUUGUCUCCACGCUUGGGCCCGAUCAGGGAGUGAUGGGAAGGGGUCUUCACUGCCAACGGGACCCCUUGCCAACCUUUCCUUCCCCACAUUCACCGCAGCCCCCUCUCCCUUUCCAAAUCGUGUCUCUGCAGGAUGUGGAGACUCCUGGCGACCGCCAUCUUCUGCCUCCUCGCCCGGCCCGUGUACCCCAAGUGCCCUCUGCUCAACCAAACCCACCCACCGGAGAAUCUGGCCCGGUUCUUCCGGGACUCUGCGGAUACGCUGGCACUCGCCGGCUGCGGAAUCCCUGAAAUCCCUGACGACGCCACUUUGGGGCCCCGGGUGGAAGAGCUGGACUUGUCUGGGAACGACCUCCGAAGCUUGCCGGACGGUUUCCUGAGCCGCGCCGCCAAAGUGAAGAAGCUCCGCCUGUCGAACAUCGGCCUGAGGGAGCUGCCUGCCCAGUUCUUCGCCAAUGCGUCCGGGCUGCAGGAGCUGUGGCUGGAGAAAAACGACCUCCGCUGGGUGCCAACCGAAGCGUUCCACGGCUGCCUGGAGAAACUCGCCGUGGAUUGCCAAUGCCCUGUGUCCGAGAGCGUCCUGUCCUAUUGCCAAAACUGCUCCGGCGACACCGACUGCCACUGCUUCAUCUCGGAGGGCCAGGCCCGAAACGUGAGCGACUUCCACACCCAGCAGUGCCAAGGCAUGCCCGGUUCGCUCUAUGCUGCCAUCGUGGUGCCCAUCGUGGCUGUGGUCCUCCUCGCCGGACUAGCUUAUUUCCUGAUCCGGAGGAAGGGGGCAGCUGCCAUCAGCCAGAACAAGAGGACCUCCUCUGCGUCGGAGGGAGUGCACGGGCAGCCGCGGUACAUCAGCCACACCGGCCCGCAGGGCGAAGGCGGCCACGGCUGCCACGCCAACUACGAAAACAUCGACCACGGGGCCGGAACCAGGCAAGGCAAACGGCGGGCCAGCAAGCCGUCGACAAGCAGGUAAGCUUUUUCUUUUUAAAAAUGGUUUUAUUUUUGCCUUCUUGGUUCCUGAAAACCUUAAGGAAGAAUGGGGAAUUUUUUAUAUAUAUACUCGCCAGAGUGGUGUAUGAUCUAGUUAUCUCCCGCUUGGACUACUGCCAUGUUCUCUACGUGGGGCUACCUUUGAAGGUGACCCGGAAACUACAACUAAUCCAGAACGCGGCAGCUAGACUGGGGACUGGGAGCGGCCGUCGAGACCAUAUAACUCUGGUCUUGAAAGACCUACAUUGGCUCCCAGGACGUUUCCGAGCACAAUUCAAAGUGUUGGGGCUGACCUCUAAAGCCCUAAACGGCCUCGGCCCAGUACACCUGAAGGAGCGUCUCCACCCCCAUCGUUCUGCCCAGACACUGAGGUCCAGCGCCGAGGGCCUUCUGGCAGUUCCCUCCCUGCGAGAAGCCAAGUUACAGGGAAGCAGGCAGAGGGCCUUCUCGGUGGUGGCGCCCUCCCUGUGGAACGCCCUCCCACCAGAUGUCAAAGAGACAAAUACCUACCAAACUUUUAGAAGACAUCUGAAGGCAGCCCUGUUUAGGGAAGCUUUUAAUGUUUAAUAGGUUAUUGUAUUUUAGUGUUUUGUUGGAAGCCGCCCAGAGUGGCUGGGGAAACCCAGCCAGAUGGGCGGGGUAUAAAUAAUAAUUUAUUUAUUUAUUUAGGAGACCACUGCUGAUGAAAAACAUGUUGGGAUGAUUGACUCUGUGUGAAGCUGCACAGAAUGGCACGUAGUGAAAAAUCCCAACUUGUUUACUCUUAAGUAACCAAGUUACUAGUAGCAGCGUCUUGUUCCUGCUUCGUCCAUCCUGCCUGCAACUGAUUGUUUUCUGGAACUCUGCUUAUGCUCUGCUGAGGUCUUGCUAAGCUCCUGCAACAGGUCAAAGCUGCAAAACAGCAAUAAAACGUUAGCAGGAUUUUAACAUUUCUUGUAAUGUAACAACCACUUUGGAUAAUACAGACAGGUACGAAACAUAGAUUAUGAAAUAAUACACAGUUGCAAAGACCCAUGGAAGGGUCUCGAGAUUCAGAGAAAUCUCUCUAUACUGAUGCGCAUCUGGUAUUGUUAUAAUUUUUUUAUUUGAAAAACCAAAUGAAAACGAUUUCAAAAAAUAAGUUAAUUUAUUGCUGAAUGUUUCAAUUUUGCAAACGUCACAUAAAAACAGAAAGCAGAUGGAGAUAGCGGGCUUAAUGGAAAAUUCAAUGUAUUUUUAAAACUUUUUUUAAAAAGCAUUUUCGCAGCGUUUUUAAUAUGGGUCUAGAAGGGGAAGAAAUGGAGGCAGUGAGAGAUUUUACUUUCUUGGGCUCCAUGAUCACUGCAGAUGGUGACAGCAGCCAUGAAAUUAAAAGACGCCUGCUUCUUGGGAGAAAAGCAAUGACAAACCUAGACAGCAGCUUAAAAAGCAGAGACAUCACCUUGCCAACAAAGAUCCGUAUAGUCAAAGCCAUGGUUUUCCCAGUAGUGAUGUAUGGAAGUGAGAGCUGGACCAUCAAGAAGGCUGAUGGCCGAAGAAUGGAUGCUUUUGAAUUCUGGUGCUGGAGGAGACUCUUGAGAGUCCCAUGGACUGCAAGAAGAUCAAACCUCUCCAUUCUGAAGGAAAUCAGCCCUGAGUGCUGACUGGAAGGACAGAUCCUGAAGCUGAGGCUCCAAUAUUUUGGGCCACCUCAUGAGAAGAGAAGACUCCCUGGAAAAGACCCUGAUGUUGGGAAAGAUGGAGGACACAAGGAGAAGGGGACGACAGAGGACGAGAUGGUGGGACAGUGUUCUCAAAGCUACCAGCAUGAGUUUGACCAAACUGCGGGAGGCAGUGGAAGACAGGAGUGCCUGGCGUGUUCUGGUCUGUGGGGUCACCAAGAGGCGGACACGACUAAACGACUAAACAAUGACAAAGCUUCCACCUGGGAGGCCCCCAAGGUCACAUCCAGUGGGUUUGAAUCUGGGGGGGCAGUGUCCUAGGGAACUGUCUCCCUGGUUUUGUCUAUUUUCCUCUUGACUCAACUCCCAGGAACUUCUCCAUUCUGGUCAAAACAUGGCUUGCAAACUCGCCCAUAGGUUCGGUUUUCCAAACUUGGGUCUCCAGCUUUUGAUGGGACUACAACUCCCAUCACCCCUAGCUAGCAGGACCAGUGGUCAGGGAUGAUGGGAACUGUAGUCAGAAUACAGCUGGAGGGCCAAGUUUUGUGAGAACCUGAUUUAGAAAGUGGAAGAGAGGUGUCAGCAGACCUUAACUCCGAAGUAGGAAGUCCAUACUUCCUCCAAAACACUUCCCUCCAGCCCAGAGGUCAACCGAAGAGAAAAACCCAAAUGCAAACUCUCUUAAAAUGCUGACUAUCAGCAAUUUGGGCUGCGGCGCCGGCAGAGGAGCUGGCUUUGCAGAAGAAGCUGAGGCAGAAACGAGAUUUCGCCUGCGGUUUUUAAAUGAGCGGCAGGGAUCUUCUUUGUGCUCCGUUUGCGGAGAAGCAGAAGGCAGCUGUCUUCUGAAAGCAAGAAGCAAAAAAAGGCAGCUGUCUUAUUUGCACAGUGCGUCGCAGAGCGGCGGAACUCACUGCCACAGGAACCAGGGACGCCUGGCAACUCGGAGAGCUUUUAAAAAGGACCAGACCACAUUCACGAAGGACCAAGGCUAUCCAUGGUCACUAGCCGCAGUUCCUCAGCUGCUGAUGGCAUGUGGGUCUUUGUUUCUUCUUUUUUUAAUGUUUGAUGUAUUACAGUAUUUUAAUAUUUUUUGGAAGCCGCCCAGAGUGGCUGGGGAAGCCCAGCCAGAUGGGCAGGGUAUAAAUAAAAAAUUAUUAUUAUUAUUAUUAUUAACACUAAUAAACAACACAUACAGAAAAACAAACAAUGCAAACAAAUUCUCGUCUUACCCUUCUUUUUUCUAAACAUUGUUAAGUGAGCUUCCACAAGUUCCCCCUAUCUGAUUUUCAUUUUACCUGAUCUUUAGCAGUUUACAUAUACAGUGGUACCUCGGGUUACAGACACUUCAGGUUACAGACUCCGCUAACCCAGAAAUAGUACCUCGGGUUAAAAACUUUGCUUCAGGAUGAGAAGAGAAAUCGUGCUCCGGCGGUGCGGCAGCAGCAGGAGGCCCCAUUAGCUAAAGUGGUGCUUCAGGUUAAGAACAGUUUCAGGUUAAGAAUGGACCUCGGAAUGAAUUAAGUACUUAACCCGAGGUACCACUGUAUCAUAAUUUUUAACCAUUUUUUAAUCACACUUACUUUUACCAUUAAAAUCUUCACAUGUUAUCCCUUACAAAUAAUACUAUUUUAAAAUACACUAUCUUCUAACCCUACAGCCUAUAUCCGCUUCCUAAGCUAUUCUAAGAUUUAAAUAUCAACAUAUAUUUUUUCAGAUAUUCUUUAAACUUCUUCCAAUCUUCUUCCACCGUCUCUUCUCUCUGGUCUGGGAAUUUCCCAGUCAGUUCGGCAAGUUCCAUAUAGUCCAUCUUCAUCAUAGCUGGUACAUGUGGGUCUUACAAGAGCCAUCUUGUUGGUCACUGUGAGGACAGGAUACUGAGCUGUGAUGAGCCCCCUUGGGCCUGAUCCAGCUGCUUGUAGGGCUAUCCUUAGUUUCCUUUUGUUGUUGUUGUUGAGUCAUUUAGUUGUGUCCGCCUCUUCAUGACCCCAUGGACCAGAGCACGCCAGGCACUCCUGUAUUCCACGGCCUCCUGCAGUUUGGUCAAACUCAUGCUGGUCUCUUCGAGAACACUGUCCCACCAUCUCGUCCUCUGCCGUCCCCUUCUCCUUGUGCCCUCCAUCUUUCCCAGCAUCAGGGUCUUUUCCAGGGAGGCUUCUCUUCUCAUGAGGUGGCCCAAAAUAUUGGAGCCUCAGCUUCAGGAUCUGUCCUUCCAGUGAGCACUCAGGGCUGAUUUCCUUCAGAAUGGAGAGGUUUGAUCUUCUUGCAGUCCAUGGGACUCUCAAGAGUCUCCUCCAGCACCAGAAUUCAAAAGCAUCAAUUCUUCGGCGAUCAGCCUUCUUGAUGGUCCAGCUCUCACUUCCAUACAUCACGACUGGGAAAACCAUGGCUUUAACUAUACGGACCUUUGUCGGCAGGGUGAUGUCUCUGCUUUUUAAGAUGCUGUCCAGGUUUUGUCAUUCCUUUCCUCCCAAGAAGCAGGCGUAAUGGAGCCUCUAUGACAGAGGAAGUCUACCUUAGAGUGGCAGAGAACAAGAGUGGGAGAAGUCAGUGGCUCCCACAUCCUUGUGGGGCUUCUCAUUUAGGGCAUCUGUGAGGACAAGGAUGCAGGAUCCAGCGGGUCUCUUUUUAGAUCCCCCGCUUUCAGAAUUUGCACCCGAAUUUUGCGAUGUGAGCUCCCCAACCCACCAGCGGGCCCCCCAAAAUAGCAUAUAUUGUUGGGAGAGCAACCAAAAUGCAUAUAUCCCUGAAAAUAUCAUGCAGCCCAUCAGAGGAAAUUGCGAAAACGUGUACCUGCUAGCAGAACUGUUCGUGUACAACAGUUGAAUUUGGUGAAUUUUCGCGAUGAUCUUUCGUUUCUUAUUUUUGAAAAUUGCAGUAGAUUGGGGAAAUGAGAGAAAUGAACAGAAAGUGAAACUGCUUAUAGAGGAAUGUAUUGAGAGGGAAAGGCACAGAGAUGUUGAACGGCUGUCCGUUUUGGACGGGGCUAGGAGGUCACCCCAGGCUGUGCGUUGCGUAAUCUGGUGGUGUCAGAAGAGGUGUAGGGGAACGAAAGCAGUGGAUCUGCCCCCUGUACCUGCCCCCAACAGAGCAAACCGAGGGGCAUCCAUUGUGGUGGCAGAGAGCACCGUAUUUUUCUCUCUAUAAGACGCACCAGACCACAAGACGCACCUAGUUUUUGGAGGAGGAAAACAAGAAAAAAAUAUUCUGAAUCUCAGAAGCCAGAGCAGCAAGAGGGAUCGCUGCGCAGUGAAAGCAGCAAUCCCUCUUGCUGUUCUGGUUUCUGGGAUAGCUGCGCAGCCUGCAUUCGCUCCAUAAGACACACACACUUUCCCCCUUACUUUUAAGGAGGGGAAAAGGUGAGUCUUAUAGAGCAAAAAAUACGGCAAUUUUUCUCUUCCACGGCUAGCAAUUCCAAUUGUCGCUGAGUCACGGAGACUCUUGGAUGUUGAGACAGGAUCUUGCGAGCCGGGCGUUUGUGCGCACCCGUUCCAAAGGUGGCGGGAGAGUCACACGCCCAUCCCGAGACAGCUCACGCUCUUAGCUAAUUUCCGAUGGGGCAAUUUUCUCGCUCUGAGCUGACAGGAAAAGAUGUGGGGGGUUUUUUUGGGUGUGUGUGCAAAUCCGCAGGGUGCAAUGCAACCGCUUGUUCCAAGGAAACUGGGAGGGGCUGUAGCUCAGGGGAGGAGUGCUUGCUUGGCAUGCAGAAGGCACCGGGUUCAAGCAGGUUGCCUCAAAUUUCAGCAGUGACACCAAAAUCAAGCCCCUUUCAGUUGCAGCACCCGCUGUGUUCCACCUGAGGCUCAGCCUCACCAUUGGGAAAAGACUUUCAGGCUGAGACCCUCCCUGCCCACAGACUGUCUCACCAGAGUGGUGCAUGUUCUGGUUAUCUCCCGCUUGGACUACUGCAAUGCGCUCUAUGUAGGGCUACCUUUGAAGGUGACCCGGAAACUGCAAUUAAUCCAGAAUGCGGCAGCUAGACAGGUGACUGGGAGUGGCUGCCGAGACCAUAUAACACCGGUCCUGAAAGACCUACAUUGGAUCCCAGUAUGUUUCCAAGCACAAUUCAAAGUGUUGGUGCUGACCUUCAAAGCCCUCAACGGCCUGGGUCCUGUAUACCUGAAGGAGCGUCUCCACCCCCAUCAUCCAGCCCAGACACUGAGAUCCAGUGCUGAGGGCCUUCUAGCGGUUCCCUCGCUGCGAGAAGUGAGGUUACAGGGAACCAGGCAGAGGGCCUUUUCGGUAGUGGCGCCCACCCUGUGGAAUGCUCCCCUGUCAGAUGUGAAGGAAAUAAGUAGCUAUCUUAUCUUUAAAAGACAUCUGAAGGCAGCCCUGUUUAGGGAAGUUUUUAAUAAACCACAGAGCCUAGGACUUGCCAAUCAGAAGGUCGGCAGUUCGAAUCCCCGUGACGGGUUGAGCUCCCAUUGCUCGGUCCCUGCUACUGCCCACCUAGCAGUUCGAAAGCACGUCAAAGUGCAAGUAGAUAAAUAGGUACCACUCCGGUGGGAAGGUAAACGGCGUUUCCGUGCGCUGCUCUGGUUCGCCAGAAGCGGCUUAGUCCUGCUGGCCACAUGACCCGGAAGCUGUACGCCGGCUCCCUCGGCCAAUAAAGCGAGAUGAGCGCCGCAACGCCAGAGUCGGUCACGACUGGACCUAAUGGUCAGGGGUUCCUUUACCUUUAACCUCUUCCCAACAAUGUCUGGGAAACUGAACUGGGGAAACUGAACCAGGUACCGGAGCGGUACCUAUUUAUCCACUUGCACUUUGACGUGCUUUCGAACUGCUAGGUUGGCAGGAGCAGGGACCGAGCAACGGGAGCUGACCCUGUCGUGGGGAUUCGAACCACCGACCUUCUGAUCGGCAAGUCCUAGGCUCUGUGGUUUAACCCCCAGCGCCACCCGCGUCCCGCUGGGAAGAGGUUGCCCAAAACCCAAAAAAACCUGGAGAGCUGCUGUCAGUCAGUGUGGACAGCUAGAUAGGGCAAGGUGAGCCAGUCUUUCUGAUUGUGGUUGUGUCGAGAAGCGACAGAGCACACCGCCUGGGCGUGAAGUCAAACUGCUGCAUUGGCAGUGCCAGUGACCUUCUCGGGGUGAAAGCCUGGGCAGUGUGCAUGGAGGUCCUGGGCUGCCCAGAUGACAAGAUCCCCCUCUCGGUCUCAAAGAUGGGGUCCGGAGGAAAGCAGAGCAAGACGUUUGGCACCCGCUUGGCUGCAGAAGUUGCCGGAAGGAGGCGUACAAGGCGCCAUCCAACCGUCUUAGGGACUCCGCUCCAAAUUUGUCUAGGACCACAGAUAUGGCCCCCCAAGCACAUUUUGGAGAAAUGCCGUCCCAGAAAUUGCGGCCAACUCCUUUGCAGAAUUUCAGUUUCCCAUGGACCCCCUUGUCUUUCCUAUGGCUCCUUUGCUUGCUUGGGAGCCAAGGGAAGUUUGGGAGCCAAGGGAAGUUGGAACUCGCUCUGCAGCAAAGGACCAUGCAAUUCAUUUAAAAACAAACAUUUGAAGUAGAAGAAAGGAAGGCGGUGGCUUAGGGAGGGAGGCACAAAAACAAAAACAAAACCCCACUCCUUUAAUUUCUUCCUUUUGUCCACAGGAUGAGCCCCGGGGCCCCCGAUCCGGACGUCCCCCACGACGACCAGCCCGUCUAUGCCAACACUCAGGAUCUGUAUUACAACUACACCGGGGGACCCCCCUCGGGAAACGCUGAGGAAGACAUUUAUAUUGUUCCUGAUCAGUGACCCACAUAAAACCCCACACCGGCUGGCUCCCCACCCCAUUGCAUCUGAUGGUUUUAUGGCAAGUGGUGUAUUCAAUGCUUCUCUGGUGGAACACGCCCCCCCCUUCAAUUCCUUCCUUCCUUCCUUCCUUCCUUCCUUCCUUCCUUCCUUCCUUUUCCCUCCCUCCCCCACCCCUCUCCUUCCUUCCUUCCUCCUCCCUCCCUUCUUCCCUCCCCUCCCC